AUGUAUCCUCCAUUAUCAUCUGGCAGACAAACCCUAUCGGCAGAUGCUCUAAAUUCAAUAGAUGAUAACUCACCCACAACCAAUUUUUGGUCGAACUCAGAUCAAAAGAAAUCAACGGACACAAACAAAGAAAUGCCCGAAUUCAUACAAAAAGAAAUGGAUAAACGGUUAGGAAAUAGGGGUAAAGAUAUGAAUAUGACACCUAGGGGAAGGCCUAGUUCAUGGGACGACAAGCCCAAUGGUCCGAAAAUAGUGAGAAUUAAAAGUUCAAAGUCGGAUGACAGUUCGGGAAGUAGAAAUAAAGAACCAACAAAACAAAAUAGUUUACAGUCUGAAUUGGGUGAAUCUUCACAAGAAAGGAGAUUUUCGAUGGCCAAAGCGAAAGAAAUGGACAAAGAUGGCGUUUUUGGAAGCGCUAUCACUUUGACAGAUGAGGAAGACUUGUAAUUAUAUUAUUAAUGGAGCUUGGUUUCGUUUAAAAAAAGCAUUACCAUCAUAAACUAAAAUCUGUCCAGCGAGAGGAUACAUGACAGUGACAUUUGUUUCUGUCAUUUAGUUAUUACAGGUAAAUUUUAUUAUCUGUAAUUUUUUGGAUGACGUUUGUCGAAAUCUUCCCCGACUCGUUGGACGGACUUUAGUAUCAUCUAUUUAAAUAUCAUCAAUUUACCAUAUUUGUUUAAAACAUAGAUAAAAAGAAACCUUCUUCCUUAAGUCAUGGAUUCAUUGCUGUAAUUAGGUUUAGAUAAUUUUAAUAAAUAAAAACAUAAAAAUUACAUCAUUUAUAAUUACUGUCAGUUUAUUGCAAACUUAUACAGCAAUCAAUGCAAUAUAAAAUACCGUACUAUCAAAACGUUUUAAAAAAUUCUAAAUUCAAAUGUAAUUUCUCAAAAUAAAUUACUUACCUGUCAUCAUAUACGAAUGAAGUACGAUAGAAUAAAACAACUGCGUCAGAACUGGCUUGGAAAUGAAGAUCGCUGUCAUUUUAUACGUAAAAGUGUGAAUGUAAUUUUUAAGCCAUCUAGAAGGCGUUUUUUCGAUGUUUCGAUAUAUGAUCAUAAAACACAUUGAUCACACACGGUCUGCCAUAAGUUCAAAAUGUUUAUGUUCAACUGACUUGGACAUUGACAGUGAAAUGAUAUUAGAUUCGGUGUCAUUUUAUAUGUAAAAUUAUAUGGGAAUGGCAUCGAUCGUCAUUUCCAAGCCAACUGGACGCCGUUUUUUGUUCGAUUUUCCGCGAGUAAUACUUAUCUGUCAUAACAUAUGUCUGUCAAUAAAAGACUAUACUUUAUUUUCAAGCUUUUUGGCCACACUGUACAUUUCAAUAAAAAUAAAA